AUGGUUCAACUAGUUUCUCGCUUCGCCGCCCUCCUCGCCUUUUGUCUCCUCGCGUCUGCUACUCCUGUCUUUCCUUCUCCGAGUCCAUACGUGUCUCUCAGCGCAGGCUUAGUCGAUCCUACUCCGGGCCCUAAUGGUACUCACGCCAACCACACCACUAGGGCUCUCGAUAUUCUUGUCACCAGCCCUAAUGGGACUCAUUCCAACCACACUUCUAAGGCUAGGUACGACGAUGGUCAGUACCACCCGAACCCUUCGUACGACGAUGGCCAGUAUCACCCCAACCCCACGUAUAACAAUGGCCAGGAUACUCCUACAAAUACCGCCGCGACGGAUACGUCUUCUCCUACUCCCACCCAGACAUUUGACGACGGAUUGUACCACCCCAAUACAUCCUACGACGAUGGCCAGUAUCAUCCCAAUACAGCUUACGAUGAUGGCCAGUAUCACAAUGCCGCUCUUGCAGACCCUACUGCAAUGCGCGCCGUAGCUGGCGCUGGAAAACGCUCGGACGAUGGCCAUUAUCACCCUGCUUCGAAGUUUGACGACGGCGGGUACCAUCCCAAUCCCAUGUUCAACGACGGCAAAUAUCACGUCGGUACCAAAGGCAAACGCUUGGAUGAUAGCAAGUACCACCCUGAUCCGAAGAUGAACGACGGUCAGUACCAUCCGAAUCCCAUGUUCAACGACGGCAAGUAUCACGUUGGUACCAAAGGCAAACGCUCAGAUGAUGGCAAGUACCACCUUGAUUCAAAGAUGAACGACGGUCAGUACCAUCCCAAUUCAAACGUCGAUGACGGCAAGUACCACCCGGGAAAGUAUCAUGAGAAGAGAGGGUUGACGCAUCAGGAUAAGGUGCGCGCUGUUAGGAGAAGAGCCACCCAAUACUAGGCUUGGGAAGUUGUAAGCACUACUUAUUGGACUUUGAUGCAAAUGUCGCUCUUUCAAAUAAACCUUUUACGUUCUCCCAAAUGCAAUAAGG